AUGGACAUUGCAAAGAUGGCCAAUCGGAUGGUUUCCUGGCUUACGCUUCGGCGUCUACGUUGGAAACUCCGAAAAUACUUUCCCAAAGCAGUUUUCGAUAGCGGAGGUGAAUCGCCAGAUCCCGACCGCAUUCUGCAAAGCCACAUUGAACGAAUAUCCCACUUUUGGGAUUCAUAUGAUGAACCCCUCCUUUAUGCAAGGAAUCGAAUGGGACAAAAGGACGAACAGGGUUUCGUUCUGCUUACUGAGGACGAUUGUACUGCGAAUGGAGGUGAGCAGAAUCGGGCUCAGAUGACUUCUACCCCCAAAAACUUAGAACUUGUCAAUGUUUCGCCUACUCUUCCGCCGUUUGUCAACAGGAUCCAAGACGAGUUCAUUAAUCAACAAUUAACUCCUGUCGAGAGAAUCCAAGUUCUCUUGAAUGCACACGUAAGCACUGCGGCUGCUGAGGCAGAGGAGUGUCCCAAUGCGCUGCGAAGAUACAUGCAAAUUUAA